GACUGCAUGUAGUAACAUCUUGUGAGCCAAUUCGAUGAGCCUCCGAGUUAAAUUUAGGAAUUCAGUGCCCCCCGACGAACCACGAGCGUGACGCAUGGGUAAUGCAGUGUCCGGUGUUUUCCCUUAGGCUAAACCUAUGGGCUAAACCCAUAGAGCAUUCAUGUCUAUUACUAAUUCUCAUAUCACGUUACCUUAACUGUAGAAAAGAAAUUAAUCAUCUACUCGAACGACACUUACAGGCAGGGUGUAAUAUUUCAAACUCAUUUAAGCUUAUGAUGACCCGAAAAAAUGUAUAUGCCAAAUUGUGACAGAUCAUUGAUUGUUCGCUAUUAAUGUUCUUUUUUAUAUGUAGCAUACAUACUCCACUGAACCUUGAUGCGUCACUAAUUUUGAGACGCAGUGGCCAUCCAAACGUCCCCAGUGACUCCGACUGCAAUAAAUAAAUAUUAUUUUAUCAGCUGAAGUGAAAUACGUUCUAGUAUCAACUAAAAUGGAACACAAGAAUGGGAAUUAGUCAUACUGUGCAAGAAAAUCACCAGCCAAAUGAAUAAACUUAAUAUCUUUAAAGCAAAAUAAGACAGUUGCCACCUCCCAAUCUCUUGCUAUAAAACUGGCGCGUGUUCAAGUGCGCCCGCGGAGACGCAGCAGGAGUGGGCUGGAAACAACAGUGUGUGGUAUUGAUUGCAAGCUUGUUCAGGGGAACUGGGUUCUUACAUUUCAUGCGCUUGGAAUUGGUCGGAGGCUGUAGUUCUUUGAGGUGUUACACUAACAACCCCCCAAAAUUAUUAGAAUUAAAUACGAAUGGAAAAUCACCAUAUUUUGGUUAGGUUUGCACACUGAAAUAUCAGUUGGUUUUUUAUAUUAUUUUAAUCGUACGCACCUGCACGAGUUCCCUGGCAGCUCUUUCAUUGGAGGCAUUUAAAGAAGGGACUUCAGAGUUUUUGCUGAACGUAUAUUUCACCAUGAAAUUACUACUGUCCAUUUUGGUAGUUUUUCUUGCUCUGGCUGAAGUAUUUUGUGAAGAAGUGGGCCAAAAUGAAGAUCUAAACCACUGGGCAAACAAUAUUCAAAUACAGGAUGAGUGGCUCGCUUCUGAUCCACUAAACGAGAUCCUGAAAAGAAUCACAAGGAAACCUCGGCCUCGUCAGUUUUUUGGUCUAAUGGGAAAGCGAUCCUACGCAAAUGCACAGAUAACCCGCAAAAGGCAAAAACUCAACUCUUUUGUGAGCCUGAUGGGGAAAAGAAGCCAGGAGGAGCCAGAUAUGUAUGAAUGGAGAAUACAGAACUAGGAUCAGCAAUGCUAAUGGAGAUUGUGUCAAUGUGUUCCCUGCUGUGUCACUCCUUAUGUGAGUGAGAGGUGCCUGGUAUUAAAUUGAUGUUUUUUGUUUUGUUUUUUUUUUCAAAUGAAGUUGUAUGAAUAAAUCUUUUGUUUUCUCAUUGUGGUGACUAUUUUACUCAUCAGAAACACAAAAAAAAAAACAAGAUAUGAAAUGUUACAUAUUACAUGUUAUCUGCUGUAAUAAAGAGUGAAUUAUUUUAUUACUGCCCAUAAUGGAAUGCUUUACCCAGCUAACCUGGGGAAUUUGCAUAGCCAGACUCAUUUUAUUGCGCCUCAUUGUUUUUUGUUUGUUUUAAAUUAUAUGGUAGUGCACAGUCAUGUUUAAAUGUCACAGCAUGCCUGAUUGUUUUUUGUUAUGGUAGCCUACCGUAAAGACUCUGAUACCAAACAAAAUUGUAUUAUGUUUGUGAAAGUGAAUUGUUAUAUUAAAAUAAUUUUUCAUUUGA